AUGGAAGAGUCAUGCAAUGUUCCAGAGGUUUCGGACAGUGCUUCGAUGGGUGUGCGUGACAUGGCCGGCGUUCUCUCGCUGCACGCUUUGUGUCUCAUCCUGGCCAUUGCCUUUUGGGCCUGUUGCAAGCUACAGCCACCGCCACGUCGUGAAAGCAUGGAUGAGCGGACGACAUUCAAAGCAUGCUGGUACGAAGCUGACGAAGAGUCAGCCUCAAGCAUUCCUGAGGAGGCGAAGGUCACACCGGCUGAGGUCGACAAGGCUUGUGACGAAGCUAUGGAAGCGCUUCAGCGCUGGAGACAGGUCAGACAAGCGUAUCAAGAUGCCUGA